AUGGUCAAUGGGAGACUACGUUGCGCGUUAUGUGGGACUCCGGUUGUGGAAGAACUCAAGAAUCCCGCAUAUUCGGAGUUCGAGCUCACAGUCCAAUUUGAUGCAUGGAAUGAAGCAUCUGGGGAAGACUACCCAGGGGACAUUGUUCUGUUGCCCGAGCUUGAAUAUCUCAUUACGGACGACUCUGCUGAGCCUGAUGUUUCUGAUACCUUACACUCUGAUGAGGAACAGUCGCUUGCAGCCUUGGCAAUUUCAGGGAUGAUCUUCUCGGGACGGCAUUCCAGAGGCGCGACAGCGGCCAAUUUCAACAUUGGAGCUGCUCCUGAGCCUGCAAGGUUCACCAAGGAGGAGGACCUCCUCAAAUGGUAUUCCGGGAAUGAUACGGAUUACGCAAUUGAUGGCAAUCCUUGUGCGAAGCAACUGGCUGAACAGCAAGCUGAAGCCCUGAAAGACAGUUUGAUCAUGAACGAGGAUACGGUGAGACAAGUCUGGACGUGGGACUUUGCGUGUGAAAUGGGCUAA